AUGGCUCCUACCUCGAUCGCCGACCUGGUGGCCGCCCUCCCCUCGGAGGACUCUUGGGGUCCUUCCUCAUCUGCCGACAACAUGCUGAACGGCGUGCCCUAUGCGCCCUUCUCGAAGGGUGACAAGUUGGGCCGUAUGGCCGACUGGACUGCUGAAUCCAAGGACCGUGAUCGCCAGGGUCGUCAGCAGUAUAACCGCAACUUCAGAGACCAACAAGUUUAUGGUGCCGGUUCCUCCAGUCUCUUCACUGUUCAGGCUGCUGAAGAUGAGUCUUCUUUCUCCGUUGUCGACAACACUCGCACAUCCGCCAAGCGCACAUUCGGUCGUGGAGGUGGCACCGUUUUCCGUGGCCGUGGUCAGCGUGGCGGUAUGGCUGGACAGCGUGGUGGCCGUGGUGGUUUCCAGCGUGCCGGUGGUGGCCGUGGUCAGGGUGACCGCUACUACGAUAACCGCGGUGGCCGUGGUGGCGGCGGCCGUGGAGGUCGUCGCUUUGGCUGGAGGGACUACGACAAGCCUCAACGCACUCGUGAGGCAUCUGUCAACAUUCGCGCCGACUGGCAAAUGCUGGAGGAGGUUGACUUCAACCGUCUGUCCAAGCUGAACCUUGAGACCCCCGAUGGCGAGGAGCUCGACUCCUACGGUUUCCUCCACUACUACGACCGCUCUUACGAUCGCCCCCCUGUCAAGAACGCCGAGCGCAGAAUCCAAACCCUCGACCGUGCUGCCUACAAUGUUACUACCUCGCAGGAUCCCGUCAUCCACGAGCUUGCCGAGAAGAACGAGGCCACUGUCUUCGCCACCUCCGAUAUUCUGUCCAUGCUCAUGUGUGCUACUCGCAGUGUCUACUCCUGGGAUAUUGUCAUUACCCACCAGGGCAACAAGAUCUUCUUCGACAAGCGCCCCGGUGCUUCGAUGGAUUUUGUCAGCGUCAACGAAAACGCUCAAGACGCUCCUCUCGAGGUUGCCGAGGCCAAUGGUAAGCUAGACCAGAUCAACACCCCAGGCGCUCUGGCUAUGGAAGCCACUUUCAUCAACCACAACUUCGCCCUCCAGACCGUGACCGAAUCCGAGGAGGCCAAGAUCCCCUUCUCUAAGCCCAACCCCUUCUACAACGAGGCUGAGGAGACUGAGCCUCUCGCCUCCAAGGGUUACAAGUACCGCCGCUUCGAUAUCUCUCUGGAGCGCGAUGAGGAGCCUUUGCAGAUGAUUGUCCGUACCGAGGUUGACGCUGUUAUGAAGAGCCCAACCGGUGGUGCCGAUCAGCAGCUGAUCGUCAAGGCUCUCAACGAGUUCGACAGCAAGGUUCCUGGCUCUGGCGGCGCCCUUGACUGGCGCAGCAAGCUUGUCUCCCAGCGUGGUGCAGUCAUCGCCACCGAGAUGAAGAACAACUCCUGCAAGCUCGCUCGCUGGACCACCCAGGCUAUCCUUGCUCAAGCCGAUGGCAUGAAGCUUGGUUUCGUCUCCCGUGCUAACCCUCGCUCUGCCGCUGGUCACGUUGUGCUCGGCGUUGUUGGCUACAAGCCCCGCGAGUUCGCUACUCAGAUGAACCUGAACCUUGGCAAUGGUUGGGGUAUCGUUCGUACCAUUGUGGACCGCAUCCGUGGUCUUGAUGCUGAUGAGCCUGUUGAUGCUGUGAAGAAGUACGUCCUUAUCAAGGACCCCAACCGCUCCGUGCUGCGUCUCUACAGCGUCCCUGCUACUACCUUCGAGGAGGAUGAGGAACUCGAGGCCGAGGAGAAGAAUGAGGAUGAGGAGGAGGAGGAGAAGGAUGAGUAA